GGUCCGGGUCCGGGUCGGGCUCGGUAAUCACAGGCAGUUGGACGGCCCGGGGCUCCGCGGCCGCAGCAAGAGUGCACUGAGCGCCCGCUUGCCAUGUCCAGGAAGAAGACCUCCAAGAGCAAGGCGGGGAGCGUACCUGCUGCCUCGGCGCUGCCCGCCGCCAACGGGUCCCGGCCGGCGCGCCCCGGGUCCGCGCACCCUGGCUCUGAGACGCCGCCCAACGGGCCCCCGCAGCCCAGCCGGCCCUCGCUGGGUGGCGGUGGUGACUUCUACUACGACGUCGCCUUCAAGGUCAUGCUGGUGGGGGAUUCAGGAGUAGGGAAGACCUGCCUACUCGUGCGCUUCAAGGAUGGAGCCUUCCUGGCAGGCACCUUCAUCUCCACUGUGGGCAUUGACUUCCGGAAUAAAGUUGUGGAUGUGGAUGGCAUGAAGGUGAAGCUGCAGAUCUGGGACACAGCUGGUCAGGAGCGGUUCCGCAGUGUCACCCACGCCUACUACCGGGAUGCUCAUGCACUGCUGCUGCUCUAUGAUGUCACUAACAAGGCCUCCUUUGACAACAUCCAGCACACUGAGCUUUUCUGGAAAUGGGCACCCUAUGGGGUCUGCCUUGGAGUCAGCGUUCCAACAGGGCAAAGUGCACAGGGAACACCAGCCCCCAGCCUGGUCCCAGCUGUCCCCACACAGGCCUGGCUGACUGCGAUCCAGGAGUAUGCCCGGCACGAUGUGGUGCUCUUGCUGCUGGGGAACAAGGUGGACUCUGCUCAAGAGCGUGUGGUGAAGAGGGAGGACGGGGAGAAGCUGGCCAAGGAGUACGGGCUGCCUUUCAUGGAGACCAGUGCCAAGACGGGCCUCAACGUAGACUUGGCCUUCACAGCCAUAGCAAAGGAGCUGAAACAGCGCUCCAUGAAGGCUCCCAGCGAGCCCCGCUUCCGGCUGCACGACUAUGUUAAGAGGGAGGGUCGAGGGGCCUCCUGCUGCCGUCCCUGAACCUGGCUGAGCUCAGUCCCACUUUGAAGGAAACAGCCCUGGAGGGCUGGACAGCGGGUCUAUAGGCCCUUCUGACUUCAUCAAGUGGACACCCCAGGGUGCCCAUUUCCAGGACUCCUGGAUCAAGCUUCAUCCCUUAGUCCCAUCUUAA